AUGAUCCUGAAGGUCUUUUCCAACCGGAGUGAUCCUGGAGCCGCGCACGGACAAUAUCCCACCCAGCCGUCCUUCCCAGUCCAGUCUCCAGCCAACGCCGCCGUCUACCCCCAGAUGCCGCUUCCGCAGCCUCCGCCCUACACUGAUGCACCUCCUGCCUACUCUGAGCUUUACCGCCCCAGCUUUGUGCCUCUGGGCGCUGCCACCGUCCCCACAAUGUCUGCAGCCUACCCAGGCGCCUCCGUCUUCCUGCCUGUGGCCCAGUCGGUGGCCGUGGGCCCCAUCGGCUCCUCUGUCCCCAUGGCCUAUUAUCCCGUGGGACCGGUUUAUCCCCCGGGCUCGACAGUCCUUGUGGAAGGAGGCUUUGAUGCUGGAGCAAGGUUUGGGGCUGGUGGAACCCCCAGCAUCCCCCCUCCACCUCCUGGCUGUCCCCCCAACGCAGCCCAGCUGGCUGUCAUGCAGGGAGCCAACGUCCUGGUGACGCAGCGGAAGGGAAACUUCUUCCUGGGAGGCUCAGACGGCGGCUACACUAUCUGGUGA